UGAUUACAAGCUCCCGUGCCAACCAGACACACACACACACCCCUCACACACACAAUCAGCACCUGUAGGCGUGAAAUAUAUGCCCCGCCCCCCACCCGUACAGUAUACAGACACUAACAAAACACUCCGCCGACAAAAUGGACACUUCAUUAUCCCAGUCGAUGGAUUCUGUUAAUACCUCUCUAUCCGUGGCUGAGGAGGAGGUGCGAACCCUGUUUGUGAGUGGUCUACCCAUGGAUACCAAACCAAGGGAGCUGUAUCUUCUCUUCAGAUCAUACGAGGGAUAUGAGGGUUCCCUAUUAAAGGUGACCAGCAAGAACGGCAAGACCGCCAGUCCGGUCGGAUUCGUUACAUUCCACUCACGCGCAGGCGCAGAGGCCGCAAAACAGGAUCUUCAGCAAGGAGUGAGGUUUGACCCUGAUCUUCCUCAGACUAUACGGCUAGAGUUCGCCAAAUCGAACACCAAAGUUUCAAAACCAAAACCGGUUUUGACUCAGCAGACAAUCACCCAGCCCCCACUUGUGCACCCGCUCACUGGACAUGCAGAACUCCUUUGGACUGGUCUCUAUGGAGGAAAUGUAGAAAAAUACGAAGCCCUGAGUCCAGCCUUUAUCCACGGUGCGGAUCUAUGGCCCCACCACCUUAGCAUGAUUGGGGCGGAGCAACUUCAGCAGCUUCAGCAGCAGGCGCUUCUUCAUCCAGCCCUCCAGCAUCAGCUUCCGGUCAGAUCAUUCCUCUGAGAAGUUGGUCCAGAUGAUUGCUGAAAGGUUGGUGAUCGGAAACAAAAGAAAACGGUGCAGCAACCAAACCAAACCAAACCUGUUAAAACAUGGAAAUUUCAAUGGAAAUCCCCUUUUACAAAUCUCUGAACGCAAUAAGGCAGACUUUUUACUCGAUUCGCAAAUGCGCCGUUCCGUUCUAAAACUGACUCCGUCAAACCAAACCAAAUUUAAACCAAAGAUUUUUUAAUUGAAUCAAAACCCAGGAGCUUUUUAGCCAUUCAUUUUUGUAAUUGGAUCAUUCUCCCAAACAUUAUGUUGAUUUUUUUGAAAAAUUUGUUUAUCUCCUUUACUCUGAUAUUUUAGCUUAGUCUUAAUAUGUGAUAAUGCUUAAUUGUAGCGAUAUAUCUUGGCUAGGUUUCCGUGGAAUCGCCAUCAUGCGGUUUGCGCAUUUUUGCGAUUUCGCGGUUUAAUACCGAGCCCAUGCCCUGAAAGCCUUGAUAGGUAAUUGUAAAUCAAUAUUAUUCCGUCCACGAGCAUAGAGAGAAAUGAUGAUUAUAUACUUAAACCUGAACAAUUAUUCUUCUCUUCAUUUAUUCAUUGUAUAGACUUAGUGUUUAAAUAUUAGUUCAGCCGCCCUUAUUAUAUUUGGUGUCAGCUGUUCCUGUAGUCGCGCAUUUUGGUGAAACCGACGUUUUUGAUAAUUGCAUUUUUGUAAAAAUGUGACAUAUCUCAUUGGUUCUAGCCGCAUAUUUAUAGACAUAAUUAUUGAUAAAUUUUAUUAUUAUGAGCUUAAGACAUUAGAAUUUUCAAUUUCGACUCAUUUUGGGGUCAUUUCUCCCAUACAAAAAAACCCUAUACAUUCCAAUAGCAUUCCAGUGGCAACUGGGUGUUAAUUUUGACCCGCAAUUUGGUUAACGCUCAGUUGCUCGUAUGGGGAAAAUAGUUUAAUUUUCUUCUCUAUGUAAUUAAUCCUAGUCAACCUGUACGAUGUCUGUUCUUCAGUUGAAAUGAAAAAUUGUAAAAUUAAUUAUGAUUUAAUAUAAGAGAAAUGUUUCCCAUGCUUUAAUUAAAAUGUAUAGGGUCCAAUACUGAAAUAAACGAUGUAAAAGAA